CGCGAUGGCCGCUCUCUAAACAAUAUAUGGAUUUUAAAGAGAAAACAAUGGCUUCGUCGCUCGAAACGGUGUGUUGCUGUCUUGCCUAACUAUCGGAACGGUAGCGGUGUCGUUUUAGCUCGUCAGUUGCGCCUUAAUGCUGGAUCGGAGAUGUCCCGGGUCUGCUAGGGACUCUGUGUUUUUCUUGGUCGUCUCCCGGGCCUGGCUGGAGCUGCCUACACUGUAGCGGCGGGUUGCUACUUUCGGAUGAGCGGGCACUAAGUCUCGAAGAGGUGGGGCCUGAAUUAAGCCAACGAAAGGCAAAACAAUUGUAGAAUGGAUCCAGACAGUGGGGCAGAAACACAAAAAGCUGUCAGUUUGCAGUGGAAGAGCUACAAACUCGUCCAGGAUCCAGCCAUUAGGCGGGUCACUCAGAAAAUCUACAGAUAUGAUGGAGUGCAUUUCAGUGUGCCAGACUCCGGUUUUCCUCCAGUGGGUGAACUCCGGGACCCUAGACCCCGUAGACUAUGGUCCAGGUAUACAGAACUGUCCCUGCCAGUGCCGAAGUUAAAGCUUGAUGAAUUCUAUGUGGGUCCCAUACCCCUGAAAGAGGUGACCUUUGCUAGACUCAAUGACAACAUCAAGGAGCCCUUCUUGGCAGAAAUGUGUGCAAAGUUUGGUGAGGUUGAAGAGAUGGAGAUCCUGUUCCACCCCAAGACCAGGAAGCACUUGGGUCUGGCCAGAGUAUUGUUCACUAGCACCAGAGGAGCCAAGGACACAGUCAAGCAUCUGCACAAUACUUCUGUCAUGGGUAACAUCAUUCACGCCCAGCUGGAUAUAAAAGGCCAACAGAGGCAGAAGUACUAUGACCUGAUAGUAAAUGGAUCCUACACUCCUCAGACUGUGCCUCUUGGAGGCAAAGCUUUGACAGACAGGGUCCAGCCUCAGGCCCCGUCACAGCCACAGCCUGACACGCCAUCAGAAAUGAGGCGGAGGCUUUCCAGUGACCUUGCGGUUUUGGCAGCUGGAGUCCAGGCUCUCACAUCUGGAAACAUCACGCCGUCUUCCGCAGACACUGGCUUUGGUGAUCAGCGUCUGGACACGCCUCCCUCCUCCAUGUCAGGCCCUUACACCCCAGGCUCCUCUGUUUCAUCUCAGGGUGGUGGAGGAACACCUUACAGCUCCAGAUCUGGGACUCCUUUCUCACAAGACUCGGGCUACACGGGUGGCAGGCAUACUGGCUACAAUAGUGGCAAUUUGGGGAGUGGCUACCCUCCUCAGGACAUGUUACCUUCCUCAUCUUCAUCUUCUGCUGUUUCCUCUACUGUCGGAGGAUACAAAGUGUCUCGCUACUCUGACGAUGCACAGGAACCUUCAGUGUACCACAGAGGUCGUCCUAUGUAUCCCCCAACUGCAUCAUACCGUCCCAAUGAGCCACCAUGCUACCCACCUUACCCCAGUGUUGGAGGACCUGGACCACACAUGGCACACCACUCCACAAUGCCUCCACCACCCCAUGCCAAUCAAUAUGAUCAGCCCCCAAUAUCAGACAGGGACCGUGACAGAGACUUAGGGGGGCGCUACGGACCAGGAGGAAUUGGUUCCAGAAGGUCUUCUUAUCAUCACCAGCCAGAUACAAACUCUUCCUCAAAGUACCAUUCCCAUCACUCCCACCACCAUUCAGAUCGCAGGGAUGACAGGGGCUACAGGCGGGACAGUCUGGGCUCCCGGUCAGGUGACCACAGUCACCAGAGACACCGCAACCACCACCAUUCUCACAACCACCAUGGCAGCAGCAGCCGCAGAAGAAGCAGCCAUGACCGGGACAGGGAGCGAGACAAAGAUCGAGACAGAGAUAGAGAAAGGGACAGAGACAGCGAUUACUCCAACAGUUCUGAUCCCAGAUACAAUUCCAACUCUUACCGCUCUUCUUCUAACAGCAUGUCUCCUCCACCGUCAUCUUACUCUGCGUACUCGUCCAAAGAGCCUGCCCCAGCCCCUUCUCAAGGAUUGGAUGUUUCCGCGCGUCUUGGAGGCACAACCCUCACAGAGAGGGGAUCGCUGCCUUCGGUCGGUGCUGAUAAAGACUACCAUGCUGGUCACCACAGUGCUCUGCCCCCACCUCCUCCACCGCCACCUCCACUGCCCCCAGCCUCUGUUAUUGCAGCAGCUGUAGCUGAGACACUUGGAACACUGGAUUUCAAUCAGGAUGGUCCUGCCCAUGAAGAGCAGUGGACAAAGCCCAAACGCCGUCCCACCACACCACCUGCCCCGCCCAAGACACCCCCACCUUCCUCCCCGCCCCACCCCUCCGUUGCUUCCUCCUCUAACUCCCCCUCCUCUACCUCCAUUCCCCACCAUUUACCCUCCUCUUCCAGUUCCCCACCACCUCCUCAACGGGACUCUUCCUCCCCAGAGCCAGAUUCCACCAAUGAGAGUUUACCAUUUGUCUACCACAGCAGCAGUCUUGACUCUCGUAUAGAGAUGCUCCUAAAGGAACAAAAGGCAAAAUUUUCUUUUCUUGCUUCUGAUGAGGAAGAUGAAGACGAUAGGAAAGAGGAGAAGCAGAGGGGCAGAAGUGCGGAUGGAGCAGAGCGAAGAGGUGGGUCAGGUGAUGUAACAGGGGAGCGAGAACAGGUAGGAGACAGCGGGGAGAAGGACCAUAGGAAGAAAGGAGAAAGAGAUAGAGAUGGCCACCGAGGACGGAAACGGGGAAAAGGAAGAGAGGGUAGGAAUAGUCCAACAGUACUAACAACAGCUACACCACCCUCUUCCACUUACUCUCCCCACAUCCUGCCCUCAGAGGAACCCCAGCCCCAGGGUGACCUGGCUGGGACUGGAGCUUUGCAGGAAGACUCUUUGAAGGUUGGAUCUGCUGAUGCACGGAGCAGGACAGGCGCACACACGCCACCUUAUAAUGGGCAGAGUCAGGCCUCCCCUCAUUCCUCAGGGGAAGACAUGGAGAUUUCGGACGAGGAGGAGGAGACAACCGCUAUAACAACAGUGACCACCCAUCAGCAAUCGGGCACCUCAGGAUCCUCACCAUCCUCAUCUCAGACUGCCAUUCCUUCGCAAACAACAGACCCCUCAUCUUCACCCCCACCCAUCUCUGACUCUGCACAGCACUUUGGCACCUCCCUACACCCUCCCAUGCCCUCUUACCCUCCUCAUUUGCCUCCUCCACCGCCGCCUGGUUAUUCCCUCCAGCCCCCUCCUCCACCAGGAAUUCCACCACUUCCCCACAUGGAGCUGCACCCUGAGUAUCCUCCCCCCAUGCCCCAUCACAUGUAUGACUAUGCCACUUCUAUGGAACUGAUGAACCAGUACAGUGGUGGAACCCCAAUGUCCUUCCAAAUGCAGACACACAUGCUAAGUCGCCUACACCAGCUUCGCAUGUCAUCAUCCAAUGGCACCCCAGGGCCAGGUGAGGCAGCUACUGCGGACUACACUUCCUACCAUCUCCACUCAAUGCCUCCACCUCACACACACCACCCCUACAUGGACCAAGAGGGCAGUGGGGGAGGCACGCAUUAUGACCAAGACCACCGUUACAUGCCCCCCCAUAUUCCCUAUGCCUACCCUGAUCCCCACAGCACUCAGAUACCACCCCCUCCACACCACAACAUCCCUCCUCCCCACAGUGGCUGGCCACCACAUGUUUUACCUCCACACUACCCCUCCUACAUGCCCCCACCUGACUAUGGCACCAUGUUGCCAGGGGAUGGAGGUGAGUACAGGGCACCAGGGGAAGAGAUGCCAAUGCUGGCUGAAAAUCCACAUGAGGCCACAGUACAGAUGGUGCUGGCCACUCUGAUACAGGAAAUGAAAAACAUCAUGCAGAGGGACCUGAACCGCAAAAUGGUCGAGAAUGUAGCCUUUGCCACCUUUGAUGAGUGGUGGGAGAGGAAAGAGACCAAGGCUAAGCCUUUCCAGACAAUGGUGAGGGGGGUGUCUGCUUUACGCGAUGAAGAGAAAAAAGAGGAAAAGGUCAACCGUCCACGGGAGCCCUUGAUGUCUCUAGUGGACUGGGCAAAAAGUGGGGGCAUGGAGGGCUUUUCUCUCCGUGGAGCAGUACGGCUGCCCUCCUUCAAGGUGAAAAGGAAAGAACCUCAGGAACUUGAACAGGGAGACAUGAAGAGACCGCGACCCUCAACUCCACCAGAUGAGGACGAUGAAGCUGCUGAUGGGAGAAUGCCAGAGGCAGACAGGCAUGGAGCAGAAAGGGACAACAAGAGGAGGAAAAAGAAACCAAGAAGUCGUAAGCCGUGGGAGCUUGACAGUGAGGGAGAAGAAACCUCUGAUGGCUCCUCGACUGACAAGGACGAUGAGGAAAGUGAAAAGGAGUCUGAUGAUGAUGCCCUUAGUGCCGAAAGUGAUGAUGAGAGUCUCUCCUCAUCCUCUGAAGGAUCUUCCUCUUCAGCAUCUUCCUCCUCAUCCUCCUCUGAGGAUGAGGAUGAAGAGGAAGGGGAUCGACCUGACAGUGAAGGUCCAGACACCAUGGACGAGUCAACCAUGGACAGCACAACUGAAAAGGAGGACAAUAGGGAAAAUGAUGCUUUUCCAAAGGCAGAAGUCAAAACAGGUGUUCCGAAGGACAGCAAGACAGAUUCAUCAGCACUAUCUACCAAGCAUCCACCAUCACCACCAUACCCACGUCCUUCGUCCCCUAUUGUUCUUGUGCCCCCUCUCAAAAAACGCAGGAAGACUGUCUCAUUCUCUACAGAGGAGAACGAUGGCAAAAUGCAACUGCCAACAGCACCAUUAUCUCCGUCUUCACAAAUGGCAGGCGACUCUCCUCUCCUCUCAGGCAGGCUUCCAGACUCUCCCAUCACUGCAACCCCAUCUCCCUCAGCUCGUCCCAGUCAGGGCAUCCAACUGCUCCCCUUUGCCUCAAAACCUGGAGAAGGCAAUGCCCUCAUUGUGCCCCCAUCCGGAAGAACCCAAGAUUCUGAAGAGUGGAAAAAAGGACUCCCCGUUUCUCCUCAGACCACUCCUGUCAAAUCCCCGAGCAAAAAGGGUGCAGGAAAAGACUCUCCCAAAUCUCCUGCUCCUCCUGUUAUGGUAUGUCGCACUGUACAGAACCUACCAUUGGACCAUGCCUCUAUGUGUAGGAUGGCGUUUGAGGAGGCCCCUGCACCGCCUGUCAGCAAACGGUCCAGAGGCAGACCUCGGACAUCCAGCUUUUCUGCUUCGUCCUGUCACUCCCUCAAAGAGGAAGAUGAGGAUGAGGAGGAAAGUGAGCAGAGGUUGAGACUCAGAGAGCAACUGGGAGCAUCCAGCCUCCUUCAGCUGGCCUCUGCUUCAACCACCGACUUGUCCGUGUUGGCUGACGUAGCCUUGAAAAUGGAUCCUGAUGCUGCUGACUCAGAAGAGACAGAGACUUCUGAUGAAGCAGAGGAGCAGAAGAUGGAAGAUGGUCUCUUCUCUCCCGAGGUGUUGGCACGCAUUUUGAGCCCAGAAGGUAUAAUUGUUCUCAUGGAGCACAACUACUGCAAACCACCUAUUCUCCCAACACCGCCUGGUAGCAAAAGGACUUUAUCUAGACAAGAGUCUUCUGUCUUGCUCCCAGCAGAUCUCAACAGUAUUUCUGGGGUGCUUGAAGCACCAGAGGAGGUCAUUGGAGAAGCACUACCAUCAAGGGGGGAUACAGGAGAGUAUUUGCCUACAGUGGGAGUGCUGUGUGACUCUGACAGUAUGGACCAGGUUGCAGCUGUAUCUCCAUCAUCAAAUAAGAAGAACAUAAUUGGCAAAGGUUUCGAACUCGAACAGGACAAGAGCAAAAAGAGGAGGAGGAAAGACAAAGAAAACCUUGAGGUUCAAUACACAAAAAAACAGAAGGAGCAGCCAAGCAAGAAGCAGAGGAAACGAAAACUGGAGGACUCAGAUGUUGAGGAAGAUGUGGACGUGGAGGAGCUUGAGUCUGGGGAGCUGUCCAGCUCAGACACAGAAGAUGAUGUGGUUGAAGAGGUGAGGAAGAGUGAGCGCCUCUUUCUGCAGGAGGCAGGGGUGACAUCGUCUCAGCACCGCCCGAAACCUGUUCCUGUGCCAGAGCCAUCAGUCGUGAAGUUUGACAAUCGCAGUGAAUUUGAGCAGAUGACCAUCCUGUAUGACAUCUGGAACUCUGGUCUGGACGGUGAAGACUUGAUGUUGUUGAAGAAGACGUACGAGAAGCUCCUACAGGACGACCACAGCUCUGACUGGCUCAAUGACACUCACUGGGUCAGCCAUACUGUAACCAAUUUGCCAAACCCCCGUCGUAAAAAGAAGACUGUUGAUGGUCAGCUCCGUGAACAUGUAACUGGUUGUGCGAGGAGUGAGGGCUACUACGCCAUUAGCCGCAAGGAGAAGGACGUCUACCUGGACCUGGACCUACCUGAGCAGGUCAUACGGGAGGUGGAGAAUGUCGAUACCUCGGGAGUUAACCGAGUGCUGUCAGAGAGACGUUCAGAGCAGCGCCGCCUCCUCACUGUCAUCGGCACCACAGCUGUCAUGGACUCUGACCUACUCAAACUCAACCAGCUCAAGUUCCGCAAGAAGAAGCUUCGUUUUGGGCGUAGCAGGAUCCACGAAUGGGGUCUGUUUGCCAUGGAGCCCAUUGCUGCUGAUGAGAUGGUCAUUGAGUAUGUGGGUCAAAACAUCAGACAGAUGGUUGCUGACAAUCGAGAGAAGCGGUACGCCCAGCAGGGCAUCGGUAGCAGCUACUUGUUCAGAGUGGACCAUGACACAAUUAUCGAUGCCACCAAGUGUGGGAACCUGGCGCGGUUCAUCAACCACUGCUGCACUCCAAACUGCUACGCCAAGGUUAUCACCAUAGAGUCCCAGAAAAAGAUUGUGAUCUACUCGAAGCAGGCCAUUGCCGUCAACGAAGAGAUAACCUACGACUAUAAGUUCCCUCUGGAGGAGAACAAGAUUCCUUGCCUGUGUGGAACUGAGAACUGCCGUGGGACACUCAACUAGUGAGUGCACUUCUCUCCUUCAGUUGCCAACAGCCGCCUGGGCAGCCCCCUCCCCCCUCCUCCCUUCCAGUUCACCUUCCUCAGUGUAAAGUCGAAACAGUGCCCCCCUCUGUUACCCUGUUCCACCUCCGGAUGACCCCACAGCUGUGCUCACAAUUCUUAGGAAACAGAGACGCACACACUCGCACUUUUCACUCACACUUUUCAUUCACUGUGCAGGUUCACAAGCCAGUGUGUGAUGAGUUCGUGUACUCUGGCAUGUGAAUAUUGGAGGAGGCAUUCAGCAUUAACUCCUCUGUGUCAGUAUUGUUGGACUUGAUUGGGUCUUACGUUCCAGGCAAGCUGUUGAACUAUGAAAGACAAUACUGAAACAAAAAAACAAGAUAUUUUGUGUCUAGAUCAGCUCCCACAAUCUGGGAUGACUCGUCUACUGUCAAACCCCUCCUUCACCUACCCUCCCUUAAAGAUCCGCACACAGACGCACAGGAAUACCAGACAAAUUCAGGGUUUUUAAAGGCGCACCUUAAGCGCACUUUUAAGACGUCAAAAUUCAAUCAAUUUGGUCUUAAGUUAUGCAAAUUUUCAAGAGUGAGGGUUGUUUUGAAGCUUUUUUUUUUUAUUUCAUUUCAUAGUAUUAUAUAAUAAUAUUACUAUUGCUGUUAUUAAUGGUAUCGUUACUUAGUUGCAUUAGCUGUAAGUGACUUACAGUGAAAGGAGCUCCAGUGUACCUACCACUGUCCUCAGUGGCUUUGAUUCACCAGCCCUAUAAAACUGUUGUUAUCCCUCUCUGCUCUGUGUUACUCUCCUGAUUUGUCAUAAUUUUAUGUCCGGAUUAGAGUAACCCACCUUGGAAAUAUGUGUUCAAUUUCAGAUGCGUUAUUUUUUUACAUGGCUGCAAAAUUUUGCCUGCAUUAAUGUCACAACAUAGACUAUAAAAUAUAAUUUUAUUGCUUUUUCCCCAAGGUUAUGGACACUGAUGCGUGUGCUUUUAACUAUUUAUAUAUGUGCACAUCUUUGCUUACUUCCAGGCAAAUGAGAACAUAUCCUUCUCAUAUGGGCCCCUUUGUUGGUGCACUGUCCAGUUCUCCUCCGUUUAACAAUGAUGUUUGCUUGUAUGCAUUGGUUGUUAAAGGCAUAUAUAUCAGCGACCAAAGUCAACAAAAGGUCUCGUAUGGAGAAUUCCUUGAGUGUUUAGUGGGCUCUCUCUGUCUGUGUAGUUGUUGUUCCUUCCGUGACGCUUAUGUUUUCUUCUCAAUAUGGCAAUGGCCGUCCAAAUUUGGAUGUUAAACUUUUAAUUUUUUUUGCACGCUCUCAAACAGGAAAAUGUGCAACAAUUGACAUGAGGAUGUUCUACAUCCUUUUUUUUUUUUUUUUAAACACACACACAUAUAUAUAUAUACACAUCCCUUCGUGAAUAUAGUUUUCAAGUUCUUAAGUACACAAGCGAGAAUGUGAACAAUGAUGCUUGGCUUUACUGACAUUGCUAGUACAUUUUUAACUGUCACCUAAGUCAACCAAAGGUCUCAAAUGGAGAACUUCUCUUUCCAAUUCACAUAUUUUGUUCCAUCAAGCAAAUGUUAGAUUCCUGUUUCAGCAGCUGGCAAAAACAUUUUCUGUAAGUUCUUUUUUCUUUUUUCUGUAAUGGUCACCACCAAUCUCCUGCAAGUCCUAGUAAUAAUGUGUCGUCAGUGUUUAACUUAGUCCUUCUGUGUGUUACAGAUGUUUUUACAAGGCACAUUUGUUUGAUUAGGUCAGGUUUAUUCAAAUGUUUAGUUUAGGAGAUGUUCUUUUGCUGUUUUGUCUGCCUCUGUAGUUGUCCCCCAUAUAAAAACAUCUCUUUACCAUUUUAAGGCAAACAGAUGUCCUGCUUACAAACUGUUUGCGGUGUAGAUGGGUGAAAGUGUCUUUUUGCCUGUUAGAUAGCGUAACUUCAGCAGUUAUCUGAUGUGCUAUGGACAGAGGGAUGUCUAUGACCCUGGUUUGUUCCCGUUUUUCAAAUGGCUCUGGCCGUCCAAGGUUUAACUCAGAUGUUGAACUUUUAACUAGACUUCUUUUACUUUUUUGUUCCCUCCCAAACAGGAAAACAUGUAAGAUAUUUCUUGUUGCUAUGAAAGCCUUUCAGUACAAAGCAACUCUCUUUACUACAGGAUAAAAAGAUGAAAGGAAAAAAAACUAAGAAGUACAUGUAAAUAUUGUAGAGGUGUUUGUUUCUCGUAGAAACACACAGAUUCCAAGUUGUAAAUAUGUUGUUCCUUUUCCUCUCUCCAUGAGGAGGAAACAUGUACAUACCUUCCAUUCAUUUAUUUUUUAUUGUUUUUCCUUUUAAUUUGAUGAUUAUUUUAAUAUUAUUUGCAAUAUUUCUCUUGUAUUAAUGCGUUGGACCCUUUAUUAAUGGUGCAUUAAAAUAUUUUUUAAAUAAA